CAGAGCGAGAUAAUUUUCUUCUAAAUUUAAGUUAUGUCCACGGACACUGUAAAUAAUAUUGUGCUCAUCCGUAGGUUCCUUACAGCAGAUGAUGCUCAUACAAUUUGUUUAAGUCACACGCAGCUUGUGAGUCCUACUGGACUUCUAGACCACGAAUUGGCUCUUUAUUCACUCAAACAACAUGCAGCAGAAGUCUGCUGAGCAGUUAUAUACUGAUAGGUCAUGCCAAAAUGCUGCCACAACUUCCUUAGAGUUCUAUGUUACUCUUUUUUGAAUUAGUAGAACACCUUUUUGUUUUACUAUUUUGGGGUCAAGUCAUGAUCUUCUUAAAGGAAGUUGCGUUUCUCUUCUCGAUGAUGGUUGUUUUUGGUUUCUUCAGCACAUCCAUGAUUGACGGAACUGUGUACUAUGUCGGUGAUUCCGCUGGUUGGAAUGGAGGCAAUGUUGAUUAUCAUAUGUGGGCUUCUACUAAAACUUUCCAUGUUGGUGACACUAUAGUUUUCCAGUACAAUCAACAACUCCACAGUGUGGUGCGAGUGAACCUCUCUGAUUUCCGUUUGUGCAAUGCUUUUGAUCCGAUUGAUAGUUACUCCACCGGCAAUGACACCAUCACUAUCAAUGGUCCUGGCCACUUCUACUUCAUCUGCGGUUUCCAAGGCCAUUGUCAAGCUGGACAGAAGGUCGAUAUUAGGGUCCCGAAAGGCUAACAUUCGCAGCAGAAGCGCAGCGAAAGCUCUAGUUACGUUGCAGACUCUCAAGCGGAAAAAAAAUACACACACUUUGAGAUUAUAACCUCUUUGCUACUGCCAAUCAAUAACUAGUUUUAUGAUGUUUUGGGUAACAAUAUGCAUCGAUAAAAGCAAAAUGUGUUUAUUUAAAUAUCAUAACCAUAAUUCAAU